AUAUAUUUGCGCCAUAUUAUUGAUGAAUAGAGGAGCGAAUUGAAAUUAUUAUUGCGCGAUAAUAUUAACUAUGGCGGUGGGGAUACUGACAGCGGCGAGCAGUGGGAGAGAAUACGGCGGCAGGAUUACUUCUUUUGUGAUUAUGUCUUGUAUGGUGGCUGCCACUGGAGGCAUUAUCUUCGGUUAUGAUAUUGGAAUUUCAGGAGGGGUAACAUCAAUGGCAUCAUUCUUGGAGAAAUUCUUCCCACAUGUAUACAGGAAGAUGAAAGAAGACACCCACAUCAGCAACUACUGCAAAUUUGAUAGCCAGCUUCUUACAACAUUCACCUCAUCACUCUACAUUGCUGGUCUCAUAUCAACCUUCUUUGCCUCAUCGGUCACCAGAGCCUUUGGUAGAAGAUCAUCAAUUCUUGUAGGUGGUGCUGCAUUCCUCAUGGGUGCUGCUCUUGGUGGUGCUUCCUUCAACAUUUACAUGCUAAUCAUUGGUCGAGUUCUUCUCGGAGUUGGAGUUGGCUUUGCAAAUCAGUCAGUCCCAUUAUAUCUCUCUGAAAUGGCACCACCAAGAUACAGAGGAGCAUUCAACAAUGGCUUCCAACUAUGUGUCGGAAUCGGUGUUCUCUCAGCCAAUCUGAUCAACUACGGCACAGAAAAGAUCAAAGGCGGUUGGGGCUGGCGAAUCUCUCUAGCGAUGGCGGCAGUUCCAGCUUCAAUGCUCACUAUUGGGGCUAUUUUCAUGCCAGAAACACCCAACAGCAUAAUGCAGCAUAGCAAUGACCAUGACAAAGCUAAACAAAUGCUGCAAAAAAUUCGAGGCACCUUGAACGUCGAAACAGAACUCCAAGACCUCAUCGAAGCAAGCAACGUUUCGAAUUCCAUCAAGCAUCCAUUCAAGAACAUACUAGAAGCAAAGUAUAGGCCUCAGUUAGUUAUGGCAGUUGCCAUACCCUUCUUCCAACAAUUCACAGGAAUUAAUGUCAUUUCGUUCUAUGCUCCAAUCUUGUUUCUGACUAUUGGAUUGGGCGAAAGCGCUUCACUCUUGUCCGCGGUGGUGACGGGGCUAGUAGGCACCACUUCAACCUUCAUAUCAAUGCUGUUGGUUGACAAGGUGGGAAGAAGGACAUUGUUCAUAGUUGGAGGAAUCCAAAUGUUCUUCUCACAAGUAAUAAUUGGAAGCAUUAUGGCCGCCGAGCUCGGCGACCAUGGCGAAAUAACAAAGGAAUAUGCAUAUCUAGUUCUGCUUUUGAUAUGCAUAUAUGUUGCCGGGUUUGGCUGGUCAUGGGGUCCGCUGGGAUGGUUGGUUCCCAGCGAGAUUUUCCCGCUCGAAAUUCGCUCGGCGGCGCAGAGUAUCAAUGUUGCGGUUAACUUUCUGUUCACGUUUAUCGUUGCUCAAACUUUUCUGAGUAUGUUGUGCCAUUUCAAGGCUGGAACUUUCUUCUUCUUUGGCGGUUGGGUGGUUCUGAUGACUGCUUUUGUGUAUUUCUUGUUACCUGAGACAAAGAAUGUGCCAAUUGAGCAAAUGGAGAAAGUUUGGAGGGAACAUUUCUUUUGGAAGAGGAUUGUCGGAAACAAGAGUAGUAGUGGUACCUUGAUAUAAUGUGAUGUUUGAAAAUGUGACUAGUUAGUUAGUAAUGACCGCAGUUUAAUUGCUAUAUAUAGUAUAUUCUUAAGCUUGCUGGAAAAUGUAUGUACGUUAACGUAACUAUCUAUAUAGGUCGAUUCAACUUAUCAGAGUUGCGUGAUUCAGGUUCAUUUGUGAUCUUUCAUGACACAGAGAAAGAAUAGUAAUCUGUGAUUUGUUCGAAGAAAUACUAUAUAUAAUCAUUUUUUUUUUACUAA